AUGGCGACCAAGCUGUGCUGUACGGCCGAGCAGGACGAUCGUUCAGAUUCGCCCGAGCUACCCAACGCCCGCGUCAGUCAGCCUACACCGGUGAACAGGCCGCUUCUACCCAAAGAUGCUAGCUCUCCUAAUUCACCCUUCACGAGUGCCCGUUCGGAAGACCUUCAUGAGCUGCAUGAGAUCUUCCACAAUGCUCGCGACUCCAACGAAGAUCGAGCCAUGCCAAUGCGAACGCUUCGUGCACGCUUCAGCCGUCCUUCGAUGCAUAGCAUCCGCAGUCUACACAAGAUGACGAGUAUGCGUUCACUGAUCAGACGCAAGUUUUCGAAGGAGCUUCCCAAGAAAGCUCCGACUGUUUCAUCACCACAUUUGCAGCCGAGACCAAGGAACAUCACUCCAGCUGCCGGCACUGUCGUUAAGCAGCUGAAAGACGGAACGAAUCAGCAGCUUCAGAUUACCAAACAUGACCUGCGCAAGGAUCUCCUCAGCGACAAGAAGCCUGAUGAGGGCGGUUAUGAUUCAGAUGCUGAGGCACUUGACGAAAUUGCAAACAACAUUGGCAAGAAGUCACCUAUCAAGCACUCGUCGAAGAGAGACCGUAUUAGCGGCGAGCUCAAUGAUGACCUCCCUCCCUACAGCAUCGAUAAACCACACGCCGGUCCUUUCUCCCACCGGUUCAGCCAAGUGUUCAGCACGCCCAAUCUGCGAUCGGAUACGCCUGGUGGAAAGGACAACAGGGUCAGACGAUCGCAUUCGGCUACAUCCAUGGGCUUGCCGAAACCUUCUCCCCUCUCGCCGUUACGACUACCAAGCCUUACCGAUCACGACUCAGCUGGAAUACCGUGGGCUGAGGUGAUGCACAAGAGCCUUCGUCUUUCCCAGUUUCCUGUGCCUCCACGCCACGUCAGCCCAGAAGCAUCCGUUACAACCUUCAACAAAGACGGCCAUAAGCGACACCAGAAACGAAGUAGCUCCACUUCGGUAUCGUCGCACCGAGCUCUUGGAACGACUGCUUCUCCUUGUGGUCGCCUCAUUGAGAUCCGCGUUCAACAGCCAACAUCCACUGCAACCCCAAGGCCGUCUACAUCUAUCAGAGGCACUCUCCGUGGAGACUCGCCGCGUAAAGUACGAGGACAGGCACAUAACAGCGAGGAUAAUGACGAUGAUGACAACCCUCGUCGGUCUGUCCAUCUUUACAGCAUGCGCAUCUCACAUCAUCUACGCUCCGGGUCUCUUCUCUCAUGGGACCAACUUGCCGAUGCACCAGAGCUUCCAACUCCGCCUCGCGCAUUUCGUGAACGCACUCUCUCAGACCAGAGCCGAACUUCCCCACAGAGUAAGCAACUAGCCCGCCAUGACCGGCAAACAUCGAGCUCAGGCUUUGCCAGCUCAAAAGUUCCGAGUAGAUGGGGUAAGGUAUUGCCGAACGAUCUUGACACCCGACCUGAUGUUGCUUCUUCCAUCUACUCAAGUCGUCCCCAAAGCCCACCCGACAGUUUUGGAGGAUCGGUGACGACUCUACCGCGCACUGAUACUGAGAAUCGCCCGGUCAACAUUUCGUCUGCCGACAUACGACAGCCUCGACGUUCUGCUUCCUUUCCUACAGACAACGAAGACACACCAAGACCAGCUAAAAGACAUGGUCUUACCAACCUCGCAACAGUCACUGGCCAUCAGGUCGAGCCUUCGCUUCUUGCACCGCCCGCACCGCUAGCACGCAAGAACAGUGUUGCUGAUACCAAGACCUCCAAAUUUCGAGAAGAGUUCAGCCCAUCUCCACCCAAAAAGAAGAUGACACAGUCGGCAUCUAUCAUCAAAUUCUUGAACCCGAAGCGCCUGAGUCUGCGCAGCCAGAGUGAAGCAAAUCUCCAGUCUGAAGCUUCUUCCUCCUCGGCCGUCGUACUUGCCGCUGUGGAUGGUCCAUCUGACACGCUGGAGCUCCCUGUCAAUCAUGGACGUCGUCAGUCACGGUCAUUGAUUAGCAUGCAGGCUGAACAAGAUGCACUCGGAAAGAACAAAGGCGCCAAUCAUGUAUGGGAUCGCGCUUUGCAAGCGCAUCAAGACGAGAAAGCAUCUCUCUAUCUUCCCAAGAACAGGGACCUCGCUGUUCAUGCGAGCCCUUUCCGCGAGCGCAGCGGCAGCGUUUCCGUGCGACGCAUCAGUGUCGAAGGCCUGGAUCCAGCUAGCCGAGCUGACGAUGGUUCCAGCACGCGGGUAUCGACAUUAAGUCCCCACGCCGGAACACCCGGUGAAGAGCGCUCCGAGGGGCUGUUCAAGAUGGUGUCUCGUCGCAGUGCUAUGAUAGGGCGUGAUGACGUUAGCGUUGGACAAGAAGUGGCAAAUGCAUUUGAGCGGCAGGGCGACAGCACGGAUGUCGUCGGGGCCUGGGGUCGUUAUCCUUCGCACACGCGCCAUGACCGUACCGCCUCUGCAGGGAAGGCUGAUAACGUGCAGCCUCGUGACUUCGCGCUUGAGGCAGCGAUCAAGUUUGCUUCAGCAACGGAUGACGAGGACCUGAUCGAUCCCACAGCGAGAAGACCGUCCACCCCACUGCUGCCUGGCGAGAAGAAGAAAAAGAAGAAGGUUGGCAGUGGUCGUGUAGCGAAGAGCAACUCGAUGACUUUCGGCAAGACUCUCAUGAAAAACUACACCAAAAUGUUUAGGAGUCAGAGCACAGAGUUCCGCAGGCAUGGUAGAGGACACCGCAGUUCCAUCGCAUCUGGCGGCAUUCUUGAGCACCCUGAGCUCGAGCUCUUGCCUGAUGUUUGGGCGGGUGAGGCUCACAGAGACGUUGACACGUACAUCCCAGGUGAUGAGCAGUCUGUGCUGAGGCAAGAAACCUUGAAGAAGAAGGCUAAAUCCAGGAGCAAUCUACGCGCGGAGGAUUCCAUGGCAACACUCCGUCCACGGCGCAACUCGUCUGCGCCCAAUCUCAACGAGAUGUCAUUCGGCGAUGGCGCAGCUGAUGCGCAGCACGCAAACGAUCGAGCACGAGUCUGGUCUACCUACUACGAGAACUGCGUCGAUGCAUACCCGCGUCUGAGUAUGGACACGAACCGAGUCCUCCAGGACUUUGGUCGUCCAAAUCGGCACUCAUUCGAUAGCAGGCAGAUGUCCGUGCACUCACGCACUUUACCUACUCAUCUGCGGAAGCACACGCGCAACGCUAGCCAGAUGAGUCAGAUGAGCAACGGAAGUCGGGCCAGGAGCUUCGGCUCGCUGGGUCAGGAUGACAGUGCUUUCGAGGAACGGAGCUUAGUCAGCGUUAGGCGAAGCACCAUGGAUCUGAUCUCCAAGUUCAAACAGCAGGAGGCUACGGAGCAUGAGAGAAUCUUGUCCUUCAGCAGGAUGGACAGUGGAAAGGCGCGGGAGAGUGCGACGGCUCAGUGA